AUGCCAAGCAUUUGCCCUGGAGCACCUUUGGCCUCCUAUCAUGCUUUUUCUGCAGUAGUCUAUAAUAACAGGACGUUUGUGGCAUAUGCUUCAGGAACAUCAGUACCCAUUUUUAUUAAUGGAAAAAAGAUAACCCAGAUAUUAUCUGUUGAAAAAGAGAUUACUGCUAUCGCUAUUGAUAAGAGAUCAGGAAAAAUUUGCGUGUCCAGUAAAUCAAAUAUAUACAUAUUUGAUAUUGUUAAAGAAAUAGAAUUUUUUGUAUGGAGAUCUAAAAACAUAGACGUUAAACUAAAUAGCAUAAAGUGGAACUUAAAAUUAACAUUUACUAUUAAUAAUGAAACCAUAUCUACUUUAUCAUGGGGUGAUAGGGACGAAAUUUUAAUCGGAGGUACAUGUUUAAAUUUAUAUUCUUCAAAUAUAAAAGACGGAACAAUAAUUUGGUCUCAAAAACUUUCUCGUCCAGUCGUUUUUGCUAUAAUAUCCCCAGAUGCUAGAUUAAUUGCCAGUAUUUCAGAGGCUGAUUGUUUUAUAAAAAUAUGGAAAAUGCCACCUUUGCAUGAACCUAUGGAAUCACUUAGGCUUAUUUAUCUACCACAUCCCAAGCCCAUAACUUCUAUAAAAUGGAAAGAAAAAUCUUAUAAUGAUCAGACAAUUAAUAAUAUAUUAUAUUCUAUAUCACAAGACAAAAUAUUACGUAUUUGGAUACAAGAAAAUUUACCAGAAUCAUACGUAUUUAGAUUAUCAUACAUCAUAGAUGUUAGAAAUAAUGCAUCGUUAUUUGAGAUACCAUCAAAUAAUCUUGGAGAGGAUUCAUCUUGUUUAAUCAUUGAUAAUGAUAUCUUGACAUUAUCUUUACAACAUAUAUCUAAAAAUUCAUCCAACGAAGAAAUAGAUAAAUUAAUUAAUAUAAAAAACAGAAGCGCAGAUAUUUGUUUAGCAUUUGAUAAUAAUGGUCAAGUCUGGGCAUUUGCUAUAUUGGCACACAAUAAUGGUGUUAAUUCAGAAAUCGAAAUAGUACCAAUUUCUUCUACAAAAAAAUCAAAUCUUCGCAUUUCUGAAUCCUUAAGGCAUGUAGAAUAUUUUGCCAUUCCAGUGAACAUUGACUUAUACUUUUUAUAUUUCGGUGAAAAUAUUGAUGUUUAUCAAAUAAAUUUUUUAGAUUUUAUAAGCUCUACUCAAAAACGUAAAUUCGACUUUCAAACUACAUGGACGGGUCAUAACAAUCAUAUAAAUUCUUUGAUAAAAUCUCCAAAAAAUAAAAUAUUAUUUUCAAAGACCGUGGAUGGAACUAUGAUUAUCUGGAAAAUUAAACAUUUUAACAAAUCUGAAAAUCUUGAAAAAUUAUUUAGUCUACAACUAAAAGAUUCUCCUACACAUAUAAUAAUAUUUAAUGAAAGAAAUUAUAUCAUUUUAAACUUCAAAAAUAUUUCAAUUUUAGAAAUUAAGAAAAAAAGUACAAAUAUAAUAGCUACAUGCGAAGAUGUUCCGGUUGACAUUAUAUUAUGUUUUAUGCAAUUAAAAAAUCCUCUAAAUUUACCUCAAAGUUCAUUCAAUGAAACAUACUUCUUGGCUAUUACAGCGUCAAAAAAAGUAUGGAUAUGGAAGUUAUCGAAAGUUAGCAAAAAAGAAAAUAGCAAACAUAUAAAUAUAGAAAAAAUUCAAGAAUUCUCUUUAUUUUAUAAAAAUGAUUUGCAUUUAGCAUUACCAAUAAAUCAAAUAGAACGAAAUUCCUAUUUUCAAAAAGAAAUCUUCAUUACUAUUUCUGUUAUCGGUCAAUUAAAAAUAUGGUCUAAAAAAAUUUCAAAGGAUGGGAAACUAUAUAUUUUACCUGAAAUUAAAUCUUUAGAAACCAAAAUACCAAAACCAAAAAUAAUAAAAGAAUUUUCAAAAAAACUUGCUAUAGUAUGUCAAAAGGGAAAAGAACUUACAAUUUGGGAUAUUCGGUCUUUAGAAUUUUCUGAAAUUGAAGAAUGUAGAUAUUACUUUUCCACAGAAAGUGAAAUAUCUAAUUUAGAUUGGACAUGCACAAAGAAUUCGCAAUUAAUACUUGCUCUGUGCUUUAAAUAUAAGGUUAUUCUUAUUUGUCAAACAAGUCAUAAUUAUGAAAAUAAACAAAAAUCUUGGUUUCUCUUUAGAAGUUUUGAUAUAUCUAAUUUAAUGAAUAGCUCGAUACAACAUUUAAUUUUUUUAAAUAAUAUGACAUUAAUUGUUGGAAGCAAAAACCAACUAUUUUUAUACAAUAAAGCAAAUGAUAAUAUUGAUACCAUUAAUGUACCUCAUAAAACAAGUGAAAAACACAUGCUGCCUAAAAACAUAAUGCUUCUUAAUACUAUAUUACCAGUAUAUCAUCCUCAAUUCCUUGAACAAUUAUUGUUAAUAGGUAUUAUUGAAAAUGUAAAAACUAUACUAAUUAAUUUAUACAAAAUUCUAGAUUCUUUUGAAAAAAACUAUGCAAUAAAUGAAAAUAAAAUCGAAAUCAAAAAUAGCUUCUUAGAAAUACCAAUUGAUGUCUUUUUAAAAAAAAAAGAAAAAAAUCAGUAUAACAAAAAACAAUCUAAUUUUCAUCAACUUUUUAGUACUGAAGAUGAAAAUAUAGAAACCAUUGAUCGGAUUCCUUUUGAAAGAUUAUUAUCUCGGAUUAAUGAUUGUCUAUUAUCCUAUACCAUUACUAAUCUUAAUACCUCUGAACAACAUCACUUAAUUUCUUUAAUAAAAUCUAUAAAAAACAUUGAAUUGCACAAAAAUUCUAUUGAUACUAAUGGGAUUCGUUACUAUUUAUUUUUUUUGAAAAAUUUAUAUCUAUUUAAUAAUGAAAAGGUUAAUAUAUCAAUGAGAGAAACAUUAUGGGCUUUUCAUAGCGAUUCUCAAGAAACUUUGUUACAUCUUAUUAAUCAAGAAUAUGAGAAAAAUCUUACUUAUAUUCAAAUACAUAGUUCCUAUUGUUUUUUUUGGCUUAAAAAUAGAGAAAAUUUGAAACUUCAAAUGGAGACGUUAGCAUAUAAAAAAUAUGUAAUAAAUGACAAAAAUCCAGAAUUUUGCUCAUUAUUUUAUAUCGCUUUAAGGAAGAAAAAUGUACUACUCUCAUUAUGGAAGAUGGCUACUGGGCACUCUAAUCAAAAAAUUAUGAUAAACUUUUUAUCAAAUGACUUUUCUCAAACUCGUUGGAAAAUAGCAGCUCAAAAAAAUGCAUUUGUUCUUUUAGGAAAACACCGUUAUGAAUACUCUGCCGCAUUCUUCCUUCUUGCAGAUAAAUUGCAAAAUGCUGUAAAUAUAUGUGUAAAAAACUUACAAGACAUUUCUCUUGCAAUUGCUAUAUCUAGAGUAUAUGAAGGAGAUGAUAGCCAAACAUUUAAAAAUCUUUUAACGACUUAUAUUAUUCCAGAUGCAAUAAAAUUUAAUGAUAGAUGGAUAGCUUGCUGGGCAUUUUGGAUUCUGGGGAAAAUAGACCUUUCUAUUAAAAGUCUUGUUCUUCCCUUAACUUCAUUGCUAGAAAAGAAUUCUGAAAACAUAAUUCCAAUUAAUUCCAAAGAAAUGUUUGAAGGAGAUCCAAGUCUAAUUAUCUUAUAUAAAGAAUUAAAAAGUAAAAGUUUGCAAAUAUUUAGAAAUCCAGUUAUUUCUCAAUAUCAAGAAUUUAAAUUUAUACUUUAUGUAGCUCAUCUUUAUACUUAUAUAGGCUGUGAUAUGCUUGCUCUUAAUCUUAUACAAGGAUGGAAUUUUGAAAACCAAUUCUUACCAAAUUGUAAAAAAACUUAUAAAGAUUUAUAUCCAAAAAUUGCAUCAGAUAAUCUUAACAAUAAUACUAUACUAAAUACACUAUCAAUUACAAAAGAAUACGAACCAAACUUAAACACAUUUCAUUUUUAG